UUAGAAGGCACCAUCAUCAUUUCAUUCUCAACCAGAGACAAUAUUGUGUGUUUAAAAAAUAUAUUUUAAGUUAUAAACUUGAGUCAUAUUUUCAUUAUUUCACGCAAUUUCCAUUUUAGACUUUAAACACACAAGAAUUCAGCAAAUUAAAAAUUUGUCAAAGCGGUAAACAUAAUCAUGGGAAAACCCUUUUAUGACAAAGAGAGCAAAGAAAGCUCAAAAGAACAACAACAACCUUCAGCUCCACCAUUGAAUGAAGUUUCAAGGAAUGAAUCAUCUUAUGUCGAUUUUAUAAUUCUCGGAAAUAAAGAAAAUUAUAGUGUUCGUGCUGAUAGACUAUCAAUUUUAAAUUCCAAUACAGAACUAUCAAAAAUGGUACGCACCGAGAGAUUCACAAUCAAUCAUAGUAAUAUAAAUGCCCACAAUUUCGAGACUCUAAUUCGCUUCAUUGAAACUAAGUUUAUUCGAUUUAAUGACGACAUAAAAAAUACACUUAAUAUUUUGGAGCUUGCAUCCAUGUUUCAAUGUCAUGAAUUAGAGAUAGCAUGCGUUAAAGAAUUAGAUUUAAAAUUGAACGUCGAUAAUGUAUUAGAUAUUUUUAAAGCUUUAAGAUAUUAUAAUACGUCCAUAGUACAAAAAGUUGUUACUAAUAGGCCGAAGCCGCUUGUUGUAGCUGAGGAAUUUUUAAAUGCAAUGUUUUAUAAUACUCUUCAAUUUAUUGAUCAACAUGCUGCGUGUAUUCUACCAAAAUCUGAUAUGACUCUUUUACGUUUUGAAGAGUUGGAAAUUAUUAUUAAGAGAGACGCGCUCCAGAUACCUUCCGAAGUAAUUAUAUUUGAAUUAUUGGCUGAAUGGAGUAGUAAAGAGUGUGGAAGAAAAAUGAUAGAACCUACAGAAGAAAAUCGUCGUCGGGUACUCGGUGGAUUAAUUUAUACACCUAGAUAUCUUAAUGUAAAGUAUGAUGAUUUCAAGAAAUGUCGAGAUCGAAUAAAUCUUCUUGAUGCAGCAGAAAUUCAACUUAUUGAAAAUUUUUUUGCAAAAAAGAAAAAUUCAAACUUAACAGAAGAACAAAUUUCUAUGUUGCAAAAUUUUAAAAGUCAUCGACCAGAAUUUCCACCAAUGCCUAUGCAUUUAUCAGAACGUAGCAAUCACAAAAAUUAUCCAAAGAAAAUGAGAAAGUAUGCUCUUAAACAAUCUGAUGAUAGGGAUAAAAAUUGUUGCGAUUCAUGCCUUCUCAAUUGUGUAUCAGUAUUUGCUUGUAUUUUUGAAUAAACAUGCACAAUCAAUUACUACAGUAAACCAUUUUGCUU